AUGUUUUAUUAUCCAAACGUGCUUCAGCGACACACUGGCUGCUUCUCUACUAUCUGGUUGGCAGCCACUAAAGGCAUCAAGAUUUCCAGAAGAGAGUAUCUCAAGGUCAAUGUCAGGCGAACAUGUGAGGACAUUGUGGAUUACGUGAUGGUCCAGGUUCCUCCAGUCCAUCCCAGUCUUCCUCGGCCCCGUUUCUCUCUUUACCUGUCCUCUCAGCUUCAGUACGGCGUAGUCAUGGUCUACCAUCGCCAGUGUGCUUUUCUGCUGGAGGAGGUCCAGCAGACCAUUGAGCGUUUGCUUCGCGCAAAGAGACACUUGAACAUUGACAUGCCGGACACUGAUAGGAUAGUGCUGAAUGUCCCGGACUCUCUGUUCCAGCUGGAGGAGGCAGAAUGGGCACUGGAGCCAUUUUUUGGAGUGAUGGGGGUUGACUGUGAGCUGCCUAGUCCUUACUUGCCAUCUCAGCACUUUAUAGAGGGCGCAUCUCCUCUGGUGGCUAGAAAGGAAAUUGCAUCACCUAAAGGCCUCAUUGCUUCUUCUGAAUCUAUCACUAUCAAAGACGCAGCGCUGGUGCCUGUGCUAGCAGCGGAGUUUGGUGGUGCAGAGUUACCUGAAGCCACGGCUCAGGAGAUCGACAUGCUCAUGGAACAGCAAGAUCAGUUCCAUCUUGAUGAGGAAGAUAAGGAGAGAGAGAGGGCGACAGAAGCGGAGAAAUCAGGAGAUCUAGAUCCUGCUAUGGUCUCUAUAGAACAGCUGAAAAACAGCGAGUGCAUCGUGGAUGAGGGGAAUGGACAUCUUACGGAGGUCACCUUAGAUAGGGUCGCUAUGGAGAUGACCCCUCCCCCCAUCACCAUGCCACCAACCACAGAAGCCAGUGAGAGAGAUGUGGCAAUGGAGCGCUCCAGUGAGACACUUCUAGUGGAGCAAUCUGUCCCUCCAAAGAGAUGGGGUCGCAAACGGCAACUGAUCUUCGCGGACCAAAACACACAGAUUUCCCAGGAUGCAAUGCGGCAACAAAUCAACAACCCUCUGAUUGAAACUCAAUCUCUGUGUGCUGGUUCAGACGUGCCACUGGAUGUGUCUAAAGGAGACAAGUCUCAGAGUGACCUCAUCACUCCCACCAGCAGAUGGUCUCCUAUAGAAGAGGCUCCUGUUUCUAUGGAGGUGAUAUUAGAGGAGCGUGUUGAACUGCCACAGGGAGAGACGGAACCUGGGAUGGAUGGCAUCACCAGUGCUGACCUGCUCAGACUGAUCAAUAUCUUCAUCAAGCGCUUUGGGAAGGUCUGCUUUCACUCACUGCUGCCCCCAGAGGCCGAGCGCAGCACUGCAGCUCAUCUGUUCUACAAAAUACUGGAGCUGCUCUGCAGUCUGAAGUUAAGUGCUUGUCAGAAUGAAGCGUUUGGUGUCAUCACCAUGAACUGCUGAACACACACACCUCGGUGCAAACAUACGCGCACUCAAACAAGUUGAAGCUGUUAGAUUCACUGACUGUUAUGCUGAAA